AGCCAUAACAGAGCUAACAGCUGUCAGCUGGCGAAGCCUUUUUGACAUUUUUCUACAGGCCGUCUUUUCCUAAUUUUAAUUGCCAAUUGAAAAUAUAAUACUGCAAGCCGGUAAAAAAAGCAUUACCGAUGAGCCAACAACGGCCUCGUCCCCUCUGCCAGCGGCUGGGAAGUCUGCUGAUGGCGUUGCAAAUGUUCCUGCUGGCCGUUUUGCCGGCAAUAGCCACCACCCCCGGCACUACGGGGGCUCCACCCACCACCGGCGGCAGCCCCAACUUCUCGGGCCCGCUGGGCCGGAGCGAUGAGCGUUUCCACGAGGAGUUGGUGGUGCGUCCGUUGGCCGGAGACCAUGUCAACACCUACUUUCAGUUCACAACGCGCUGGCAUUUCGGACAGAAGGACAACCUGUAUCACACCCAACUAACACCGAGGGUGAUUGCGGAGAUGUUGCAGCAAUUUGAUGUCAAGGAAUUGCACAUCGGCCUCACCCAGGGCCUGUGGCGCUACGAAACCUGGGGCUAUCCCAUCGUGGAGGCUACCAGCGGUGCCGAAAUGUGGGCCUGGUUCAGUGGCGAUAAUCUAACCAACACCGAGGUGGAUCGACAGUGGGGCCAGCUGGCGAAUGUGUUCUCCGGCGUCCUGUGCGCCUCCCUGAAUUUUGUGGACAAAACGAACAGCAUAGCACCACGGCACUUGCUGCGUCCCCAGUUUAUGCCAGCCAAUCGGCAGAGAUCGGUGCGGUAUGCUUCACUGCCACGGGAAAUCGUUUGCACCGAGAAUCUGACGCCCUGGAAGAAGCUUCUGCCCUGCGGCAGUGCCUCGGGCUUUGCCUCGCUGCUGAAUUCCGGACACGUGCACAACACCAAGUACCAUUCGCUGGGCUUGAAGGUGCGGAUGUUGUGCGAGGAUCAGUCCGAGGACAAUUGCAUUGUGGAACUGACCCAGACGGCGAAUCUGGUCUACGACCUGCGUCUGUUCGAGCUGAGCAACAAUGACUUCUCGCUGCGGCGACUCUUCGGCAUGGGACUGAAUGGCUUCUGUGAGCUGGCCGAGAGCUCCAAGAUCUAUGUCCAGAAAAAUGAGCAGGGACAGAGGUAUAGCCUGGUGCCGCAACCCACACAGGAGGUGAAAUCCAUUCGAGGCGGCCAUCAGGUGGUCUAUGGUGUCUACGACAUGCACGAGCAGUUCAAGGACCCUGGAGAGAGACUCUUCAACAUCGCCUGGCUAACGGCGAAGAACGAAAACCGUCGCCGGAACCUGAUGAACCCCAACUUGCCGCCGGUUACGGUCCACAGAUACCUCCUCGGUAAUGGUCAAGAACGAGGCCGGAUAGCCACCGAGGUGACCAACAAUCAUUACGAGGCUCUGCCCAUUUUGGUGCAGGAACUAGUGCCGUGGUAUGUGCACGCCUAUCUGCACACCCUGAAAAUCCGGCGUAAGCCUCAGCGGGUCAACGAGUACACUCGCCGGUGGCUGCCCUUCAAGCUGCUCCACUACACGCCGGGCAAGCAGAGGGAGCUGCCCUCUCACCUGGAGAUUGGCUUCACCCUGCCCGGCCAAACCUCUGCUCUGAUAACCAUUGAUGUGGACUACCUGCUGCUCAAGUGGCUGGAGUAUCCGCCGGAUGCCAAUCACGGACACUACAUUGGAGCCGCCAUGGUCUCCACCCAGCUGCCGAUGGGCAGAAACUACACUGCCCUGCCGCCGGAGGGGCAUCUCUUCGAGCACUCCUUCAACGCCACCAGACCGAAUUAUGUGUUGAGCUUGCACACGGAGGCGUUGAUAGUUUCCCUGCCCACGCCGGACUUUAGUAUGCCGUACAAUGUGAUCUGCCUGGCCUGCACUGUGGUGGCUUUGGCCUUUGGUCCCAUCCACAGUGUGGCCACCAAGGUGAUAGUAGUGGGUCGUCAGGCCUCCGCACCAAAGAACUUUGUUCGCAAGAUUCUGGGAAAGAUUUUCCGCCGGAAUACUGUUCAGGUGGCAUCAGUUGCUGCCCAGGGAGAAGCAUUACAUGAAGGGGAAGGUGGAGGGCGGACAGAAAGGACAUCGGCAGAUCAACCCAUUCUCGAGGAUCUCCACGAGGAGGAGGAGCAGGAACAGGACUAACUUACUCUCUAAGUCAAGAGUCGUGAUAAGCUCAAAAAAUAUGUUAAUGUAAAGCUUAAAAAUAUAUACCCCAUAAAUUAAAAAUUCAGGUAAAAAAUAUAGUUA